AUGUCGUCCGGAAAGAAGACCGCCGGCAAGUCCGCCAUCGACCAGGUUGUCGCUCGCGAGUACACCAUCCACCUCCACAAGAGAUUACAUGGUGCCUCCUUCAAGAAGCGCGCCCCCAAGGCCAUCAAGGAGAUCAAGGAGUUUGCCCAGAAGGCCAUGCAAACUACUGAUGUCCGCAUCGACCCCCAGCUGAACAAGAAGGUGUGGGAGCAGGGUGUCAAGGGUGUCCCCUACAGAAUCCGCGUGCGCAUCAGCCGACGACGCAACGACGAGGAGGACGCCAAGGAGAAGCUCUACAGCUACGUCCAGGCCGUCAACGUCAAGAACCCCAAGGGCCUGGUGACCGUUGUCGUUGAGGAAUAA